UGACCUGGAUUCAAACAAUUACCGUGCUAGAAAGUUACGUUCAUGGGGAGCGGAAUGCGUUCAAAGUUUGAUUAAGCACUUUGGUUGGUCACCGAAGUGUGACGUGCGCGUGAAGGGUGAUGUUCACAGGCGUUAUGAUAACUUGGCAUGCGUAGGCCUGGCCCUCAAAUUGGCUUACAGAGCAUGGAUCAACACGGACGCGGCUUUAGCGUCGGCGAAGAGCAGGAGCUUUGGGCUGAGAUCCUCAUCUUUGAACUUGCCAAACAAGCGGGCGUGAGGCAGAUGACCAUUGCCGUGCACAGAUUAGGAUAGUUGUACGAAAAUGUAUUGAAGACCUGACGUGGACGAGACUUCCUAGUUGACGAUGUGCGCGCUCAUCUGAUGAAUCAAAUCCAAGCUUUCCUGCGACCUCGGGCGGACAUCGCAUUUCAAGUCGAUUGGUUG